GAAGGAAAGAUGUCCGCUAUCAUGCUGCUGUUGGUAUCUUUGAGUUUGUGCUUGUGGGCGACGGACGGUGCGACGCGGGGCGAGGCAGUAGACCUGCGGGACGCCCUGGAGCGGGGCCCGGUCAGUCUAAACGACAUGUUCCGGGAAGUGGAGGAGUUGAUGGAGGACACCCAGCACAUACUGGAGGAGGCUGUGGACCAGAUAACUACUGAGAGUGCUAAAUCAUCUCUCACGUCACUGGAUCUGCGCACUAACUACCACAAUGAGACGAAGAAGAUGAUGACGGAGGGAGACAGAGUGGUCCAGGUCCUUGAUGGAGCUGACAAGGAGACUUAUAAUAAAACAGGAGAUAUUCAUCUUUCACACAUCCAUAUGGAGAUUUCUGGCCAUUGGAACAGUGCGGAUCACGAGUGCAUGGUGGAUGAGGACUGUGGUCACCUGAAGUACUGCCUGUAUGAGAUCGAGAACUCCAAGUGCCUCCCCUGCAUACCAACGGACAUGCCCUGCACUAAGGACGAGGAGUGUUGCUCAGACCAGAUGUGUGUGUGGGGUCAGUGUACGGUCAACGCCACCAAAGGAACGGAGGGAUCUAUCUGUCAGGGUCAGAGUGACUGCAAGGCAGACCUCUGCUGUGCCUUUCAACGAGAGCUGUUGUUUCCAGUGUGUAAUCCCAAACCAGAGAAGGGGGAGUCCUGUCUGAGCCACCCCAACCUGCUGAUGGACAUGCUGGCCUGGGACCAGGAGGGUCCCCGUGACCACUGCUCCUGUGCCGACGACCUCCAGUGCCAACCUCAUGGACGAGGAUCUGUUUGUGGAGAGUAGUACUGGAGAUGGAGAUGGAUAACCGGCUAGGAGCUAAACUAACCUCCUUACUGAACAUUCCCUGCAGAAUGGCCCACCUGCUGAUUGCAACAGUUUAGAAAGGAAUAGGAUGUUGCUUCAGGGCAGGACUUGCGCUGCAUUAUUUAUGCCUUAUGAAUGAAUGAAAUCAGCACAUGCCAAAUACAGGGUGAAUGUUGGCUGCUGCCAGAGACUUCAGGUCACCUGCCAGCAUGGCAGAUAGGGUUUCCUUAUUUCAAGAAAUAUUAUUUUUAAAAAGCAAUUCCUUGGUUAAAUAGUUGUGGAUUAAGGUUAAUGAUAUAGUCCAUAUUUCUACAGUAUAGUGCCACUGACUCAGUAUUUACACUUCUAAAGUGCUGUACAUAGAUUUCAGAAGUGGCCGGCUGGUAGACAUGUUCAGUGAUGUGCCACAGCGGCAGGUGAGGAAAGGACUUCAUUUGAGACCCUGCUUAUGACCAAUGUGUAUUAUCAUGCAGCAAAUAAAAGACUUGUUCUUACUUUUGACUGAGAACC